CUGAAUACUUUGCUAGCUCCUUAGAAAGCCGUGUGUUGACACUAUUUCUCCUCAGUAAUAAUUAAUAAACUUCCUAUUUGAUAUUAUUUCCCGUGACGCCGGGUGUGGAUGAGGUGAUGUCCGGCUGUGUGGCGCUACAGACGCGGUUAGCCUCCGUGUUACAGGCUUUAAUCCACACGGCGGUGGCGGAGGUGUACAGAGUGCUGCAGCGCAGAGCCGAGCUCCUGGUACUGCAGAGUGAGGAGCUCCGGGAGCGGGUGCACGCGGACACCGAGCGGGCCAUGAAACAGUUUGUGUCCGUCAUGGAGGUCCUGGGGAACGAAGCUCUGGGGAAAAUCAUCAAGCUCGUGGACGAGAACCGGUUCCUGAUGGAUCUCGACUGUAAAAUGUUCUCAGGGAAAAGAGCGAAACCUCCAGGAAGUGUUCUGAACAUUCUCUCUGCUGGGAGGCCGGAAGAAGAACAUUCCUACGAUGGUCGUGGGCGGAGCUCCGAGGCGCGAGCAGGACACGAGGUGGGCGAGAGAUCAUGCACAGACACGGAGGAGUCUCAGCGUCCUGAAUCUCCGCUCACGCUGGCGGUGACAAUUAAGGACGACCUCGGGAACAUCGACCUGAAGGCCCUGAUCGCAGAUCAUCUUGACGUGCUGCCGGAGGAGGUGAGGACACACCCAGAGGACGGGGAGGAACGUCAGGACACCGUCAGUGCCGAGCGUUUUGUCUGUGCUCAGUGCGGGAGAGCGUUUGCGUCCAUGAGCUGCCUGGCGUCUCACCAGCUGGUCCACGGCAGAGACAAACCCUUCAGCUGCACGCUCUGUGGAAAAGCCUUCGCUCACAAGCAGAGCCUGGCAGAUCACCAUCGCAUCCACACCGCCGAGAAGUCCUUCAGCUGCAAAGACUGCGGCAAGUGCUUCGGGAAAGCCGCGCACCUGCGGACGCACGCCGCCGUCCACAGUGGAGAGAAGCCCUACGGCUGCGACGUGUGCGGCAAGACGUUCAGCAUCCCGCAGAACCUGACCCGGCACCGGCACACGCACACGGGCCAGAAGAACUUCCCGUGUUCCGUCUGCGGAAAGAGCUUCACCCGCUCGAAGACGCUGAUCACGCACCAGCUCAUCCACACGGGACAGAAACCGCACUCCUGUGCAGAGUGCGGACGAGCUUUCAGGCACCUCGUGAACCUGCGCAACCACGAGCGCAUCCACACAGACCUGCGGCCGUACGCCUGCGACCUGUGCGGGAAGACGUUCCGCCACACCGUCAACCUCAAGAUCCAUAAGCGCAUCCACACCGGCGAGAAGCCGUUCACGUGCAAGGAGUGCGGCAAGAGCUUCAGCCAGCAGAGCAGCCUGGUCUCGCACAGCCGCACGCAUUCCGACCUCAAACCCUUCGUCUGCGGCUACUGCGGCAAGCGCUUCAACAACGCCAACAGCCUGAAGCUGCACGAGCGCGUCCACACGGGCGAGAAGCCGUACGGCUGCGAGUUCUGCGGGAAGAGCUUCAGCCAGGGCAGUCACCUGCGCACGCACAAGCGCCACCUGCACGGGGGGGGCAAGCAGUACAUCUGCGACAAGUGCGGGAAGCGCUACUCCGACCCACGCAACCUCAAACUGCACAAGUGUGUGUACGCUUCAGCGUAGUCGCCGACGCCGAGAUCGGGAGUUCCGCAGGAGUACGACGCGGAUCGGAGCCGAUUGACGCCGUUUAUUUAGGGAUUAAUUCCCAUCGGGCUCUGGUGCUGCAUGUUGCAGUCGUGUUUUAUGUAAAAAAUAAACACUAAACAGGAUCUGGAGAAGCUGCUUUAUAUUUGUGUUACUUUCACACACAUGCUGUUUUUUUUUUUUUUACAAUAAAAGUAAAUUUAUAGAUUUGCAGAA